GGCGGGCCCGGAGAGGGACUUUCGGCGCUGUGGGCGGGGUGCGGAACGAGAGCCCCAGACUCCUGCGAGCAUCUCCGCCCGCGAGCCGAGGUGCGGGUCCUGCGGCUCCUUAGUUUCUGGGGCUCAGGCCCCGCGUGCUCCGCUCCUUCCCAGCCGCUCCUCUCUAGCUGCGCCUCCGCCGUCUGCUGCCUGCGUGGGCCUGACGGGCGCCUCCGCACUUAAAGCGUCGGCAUUUUUAAAAUAUUUAAUCAUUCAUGAGUUGAGCUUCAUUCUUGAGUCAUGGAUGACAAGGCUUCUGUUGGAAAAAUCAGUGUCUCCUCAGACUCUGUGUCUACUCUUAAUAGUGAAGAUUUUGUCUUGGUUUCCAGGCAAGGAGAUGAGACACCAUCUACAAAUAACGGGAGUGAUGACGAGAAAACAGGACUCAAGAUUAUAGGGAAUGGAAGUGAACAGCAGCUGCAAAAAGAGCUAGCAGAUGUGCUGAUGGAUCCUCCAGUGGACGACCAGCCAGGGGACAAGGAGCUUGUGGAAAGGUCACAACUGGAUGGCGAAGGAGAUGGGCCUCUUUCUAAUCAGCUCUCAGCUUCAUCCACCAUUAACCCUGUGUCAUUAGUAGGGCUCCAGAAACCAGAGAUGAGCCUGCCAGUGAAACCUGGACAAGGAGAUUCUGAAGGGUCAAGCCCUUUCACACCAGCGGCUGAUGAGGACAGUGUAGUUUUCAGUAAACUAACUUAUUUAGGCUGUGCCUCAGUAAAUGCUCCCAGGAGUGAAGUGGAAGCCUUAAGGAUGAUGUCCAUCUUAAGGGGCCAGUGUCAGAUUUCACUAGACGUAACCCUGUCUGUGCCGAAUGUAUCCGAAGGAACUGUGAGACUCUUAGAUCCUCAGACAAACACUGAAAUAGCAAACUACCCUAUCUACAAAAUCCUCUUCUGUGUCAGAGGGCAUGAUGGAACUCCUGAGAGUGACUGCUUUGCUUUCACUGAAAGUCAUUACAAUGCAGAGCUCUUCAGAAUACAUGUCUUCCGGUGUGAAAUACAAGAAGCUGUGAGCCGGAUACUUUACAGUUUUGCCACUGCCUUCCGCCGUUCUGCCAAGCAGACCCCACUUUCAGCAACUACUGCACCUCAGACUCCUGACAGUGACAUCUUUACCUUCUCUGUGUCUUUAGAAAUAAAAGAAGAUGAUGGUAAAGGCUAUUUUAGUUCAGUUCCUAAAGAUAAAGACAGACAAUGCUUUAAACUACGCCAAGGAAUUGAUAAGAAGAUUGUCAUCUGUGUGCAACAAACAACUAAUAAGGAACUUGCCAUUGAAAGGUGUUUUGGUCUUCUCCUUAGCCCAGGAAAAGAUGUACGAAAUAGUGACAUGCACUUGUUAGAUUUGGAGUCUAUGGGCAAAAGUUCAGAUGGAAAGUCCUACGUUAUUACUGGGAGCUGGAAUCCAAAAUCCCCACAUUUUCAAGUUGUAAAUGAAGAAACUCCUAAAGAUAAAGUGCUGUUUAUGACCACAGCUGUUGAUUUGGUAAUAACAGAAGUACAGGAGCCUGUUCGCUUUCUCCUAGAGACAAAAGUCCGAGUUUGCUCACCUAAUGAAAGAUUAUUCUGGCCCUUCAGCAAACGUAGUACUACUGAAAAUUUCUUUUUGAAACUAAAACAGAUAAAACAGAAGGAGAGAAAGAACAAUACUGACACUUUAUACGAAGUUGUAUGCUUGGAAAGUGAAUCAGAAAGAGAGAGGAGGAAAACUACAGCCAGUCCCUCAAUUCGCCUGCCACAGUCUGGAUCUCAGAGUUCAAUGAUACCUUCUCCUCCAGAAGACGAUGAAGAGGAAGAUAAUGAUGAACCUCUCUUGAGUGGAUCUGGUGAUGUAUCCAAAGAAUGUGCAGAAAAAAUUCUUGAAACAUGGGGAGAACUGCUGUCUAAAUGGCAUCUCAACUUGAGUGUGAGGCCAAAGCAAUUGUCAUCCUUAGUAAGAAGCGGUGUUCCUGAAGCUCUUCGAGGAGAAGUCUGGCAGCUGCUAGCAGGUUGUCACAACAACGACCACCUGGUAGAAAAAUACCGAAUUCUCAUCACAAAGGAGUCUCCCCAGGACAGUGCUAUCACUCGUGAUAUUAACCGGACAUUCCCAGCUCAUGACUACUUUAAGGACACAGGAGGAGAUGGACAAGAUUCUUUAUAUAAAAUAUGCAAGGCUUAUUCUGUGUAUGAUGAAGAGAUUGGCUAUUGCCAGGGCCAGUCAUUUCUUGCUGCUGUUCUGCUUCUCCAUAUGCCUGAGGAACAGGCAUUCAGUGUUCUGGUCAAGAUCAUGUUUGACUAUGGCCUCAGGGAACUUUUCAAGCAAAACUUUGAAGAUUUGCAUUGCAAAUUUUACCAGUUGGAGCGCCUCAUGCAGGAAUACAUUCCUGACUUGUACAACCACUUCCUGGAUAUAAGCCUUGAAGCACACAUGUAUGCCUCCCAGUGGUUUCUUACGCUCUUCACUGCAAAAUUCCCUCUCUACAUGGUCUUCCAUAUCAUCGACCUGCUUUUAUGUGAGGGAAUAAGUGUUAUUUUUAAUGUUGCCCUUGGAUUAUUAAAGACUUCCAAAGAUGACUUGCUAUUGACAGACUUUGAAGGUGCCCUGAAGUUCUUCAGGGUUCAGCUUCCUAAGAGAUAUCGUUCAGAAGAAAAUGCAAAAAAACUAAUGGAAUUAGCUUGCAACAUGAAGAUUAGUCAGAAGAAGUUGAAAAAAUAUGAAAAAGAAUAUCACACUAUGAGGGAGCAGCAGGCCCAACAAGAAGACCCCAUCGAGCGAUUUGAGCGGGAGAAUAGGCGUCUACAAGAAGCUAAUAUGAGGCUGGAACAAGAAAAUGAUGACUUAGCCCAUGAGCUGGUGACCAGCAAGAUUGCAUUGCGUAAGGACCUGGAUAACGCUGAGGAAAAGGCAGAUGCACUGAAUAAGGAGCUGCUUAUGACCAAACAGAAGUUGAUUGAUGCAGAGGAAGAGAAAAGACGGCUGGAAGAAGAGUCUGCACAGUUAAAAGAAAUGUGCCGGCGGGAACUCGACAAGGCAGAAUCUGAGAUUAAAAAAAACAGUUCUAUCAUCGGUGACUACAAGCAGAUUUGUUCUCAGUUGAGUGAAAGAUUGGAGAAGCAGCAGACUGCUAAUAAAGUGGAAAUUGAGAAAAUUCGGCAAAAAGUGGAUGACUGUGAGCGCUGCCGGGAAUUCUUCAGCAAAGAGGGACGCAUAAAGGGCAUCAGCCUAGCUAAGGAGGUUUUGGACGAGGACACAGAUGAGGAGAAGGAGACACUCAAGAACCAGCUGAGAGAGAUGGAACUGGAACUGGCACAAACCAAGCUGCAGCUGGUGGAAGCCGAGUGUAAGAUCCAGGACUUGGAGCACCAUUUAGGCCUUGCCCUAAAUGAGGUACAGGCAGCCAAGAAGACGUGGUUUAACCGAACACUGAGCUCCAUAAAGACGGCAACCGGGGUUCAAGGGAAAGAGACUUGCUGAGAGCAGCUGCUGCCUCCAGACACCUUCAGAAAACAUGACACCUUUUGUUGCCUUCUUUGGCCAGAUGUGUGAUUCUGUGACAUGUCCCAGGACCAGAAUGUACCUAAGUCAGAUCCAUAGAAGCAUGUCGGUAGGUCAUUGGACCAGAGCUCGUGAAGCAGGCGGCCUCUGCGGUAAGGCCCUCCUCACUACUGAUACUAACAGGCCUGCCGGCUCCCCUGCCACUCUGGACGCUCCAGAAAGUCACUCCUGUGUGCGACCUCCGGGCCUCUUCCCAGUUAGCUCAGCUCCUCACCCAGCCCAGCGGCUGAGUUGACAUUAUCUGAGUUCGGGGAUCCUUCAGGCUAUUGGUUUUUUUCUAAACCUUUAAUUUUUUUUUUUAAGACACAUAUUAUUAUAUAUUGGGGGAGGUGGGGCAGGGGAUCAGUAACUCAAAUAAUUAUCUGCUCCAGUGCCAGCAGAGGGGGCCUCCAGGUAGACAUGGAGAAGCACUUUGUUUUAAGUAGGAGGGUUUCAUGAUUGUAGCUGAAGCCACCUAGUUUUGUUGAACGCUGCGAUGCACACACAGGUUUUUGGUUUGGCAUUAUUCACGUUUCUGAUCAAUUCUAUGCAACUCUCAUAGUUCUUGUUGUUGUUAGUGUUAGUUGCCAAAUGACUCCACAGUGCUGGGGUGGGUGAUUUGACCGACUGUGAGACUGGAUUAAUCAUAACGUGGACAAAUCUUAUUUUGCUUAAUGUAUCGUGUGUGUGUUUGUGUAUAUAUAUAUAUAAAAAUAUCUUUUCCCAGUGCACCCAAUUGACAGUGUUUAAAUCCCAGCCUAGGACUGAUCUGCACAACUUAAUUAUGUGGUUAUUUGGGCACUUAAUUUCACUCAAGGUUUGUCGGGCUCUGCUCUCCACCCUGCUGUCGCAAGAGCUGUGAAGAGCUCCCUCACUUCAAGGUUCCUAGUGUUUUUGCACAACAGGUUGUGCAAGUGAGAAAGACUCUGAGCUGUGUGUGUGUGUGUGUGUGUGAGAGAAUGUGAGGAUGUGCAGGACACACAUGCCAAGAGGCCCCCAUCAUGCUGGUGUGUGUGCAUAUGUGUGUGUGUGUGUGUGUGUGUGUGUGUAAAUGUGAGGAUGUGUAGGACACACAUGCCAAGAGGCCCCCAUCGCGCUGGCCUGUGUUCCUGCCUGCCUGGACCCUCCUCAGGGUGAGGCUGGGUGCAAACCUCGCUGUUCAGAUGGGCUGCAAGUUCUCACUUCAAAACUAUGGACUAGAGGUUUUAGCACCUUUUUUAAAAAAAAUAACUUUAGGCUUUUAAUUUAUGCAGUGAUAUGCUGACAGGCUGCCUCGCAGAUGAUUUUGCCGUCUUCUCUGUGUGCAGUGUGGAGGUAGCUGGUUACAAGAGGCACUGGUUUGUAUAUAAAGACACUCGGAUUGUUUUGUAUCUCUUUUCCUGUUGGCUGUAUUAACGCUUGCUGAGGUCAUCUGUGAUGAGGGAGGUGACAAGCGGCAACCCCUGACCCCCCCACACCACCCCUUCCACUGCUUUGUGUCUUCCUUGUUCAGUUACCAAGACAGCUAUAAGCCCAUCUAAAACUAGGUGUGUGGACAUUGUGCUAGGGUAGUUUCAGUGUGUCAACCUUAUGAAUUGAAAUAUAAACCAGUAAAAUUGUAUUAAUAUUUCUUUUGUUGGUUUUAUUUUAACAGCAUAUUCAUUAAAUAUUUUGGUACAAACAGCAUUGCUUUGUAAAAACCAGUUUUAUCAUUAUGUGCCCUUGCCCCUCACCUCCUCCGUUCCUGCGGGCAGUCAGAGAAGAUCACCCUCUGGGCUGACAAACAGGUGUGUGUGCGCACGGGCAGCACCUCCCUGAUCCUCCAUUCAGACACCCACUGGGGCUCAGCUGCGCCAGGCCCGCGGGCAGAGAAGACGCAGGCUUUGUCCCCUGGGGGCUGGCGCCUGUGCCUCAUUGUGAGCAUGGCCUGUCUUGGAGAAGCAAAGUGCUGCGGUAACAGGGCUGAGACGUGACCUGUGUAUAUGAGGUUUCGGGAAGUCUUACAGGAGGCAGGAGUGUGGUAAGACCUUGAAAGCCAAAAGCAUCUCAUCAGGCAGAGAUGGGAGAGGGAGUUGCAGGGCCAAAAUGUGAGUGUGCAGGGGAGAUAGCUGAAGAGCAGAAAGGCAGGCAGAGUACCCGAGGUCCAGUUAUCUUCUGCUAGAACUUUCAGGAAAACUGCUGGCGUGGCCAGGUACCUCUUUCAGAUAGCUCGUUUCUGUUCACUGCUGGUCUUGCCACACUGCAAGCACCGUAGGCAUGAGGCUUCUAGACCCUCGGCCAUCCUUUACCACCUCGCCCCCUUCUCUGCAGCAGGAAGAAGAGCAGUGCUUCCCCAACCCGACGGUCCCCUCCUUGCUUGACCUGCGCUGCAGGACCCCC